UGGUUCCGUGUGUUUUUCUGUCUCUUACAUCACGCUUCAAAAUGUGUAGUCAUCUUAUGGCUCAUUCAGGCAUCGUCUACGUGCGGCAGACAUUAGAUACAAAUAGCUAUGAUUUAUAUUUCGCAUGAUGUUGUGACGCGCUGGGUAAAUGCUCAGAUGUUUUUGUGAUAUAGUUUUAUAUUAGCAGUGAACACAGACAGUGAACAUGGCUGCGCCCGGAGGACCCAGGGGUUCAGCAACCUCCAGCCCGCCAGGGUUUGAAGGCUUUCCGUUUCCAAUGAUGGCCAAACCAUCCGAGGACAAGAGUGGUAAAGAGCAAGACCAGAGUGAAGGUGUUAAAAAGAAGCCGUGCCGAGCGUGUACGGACUUCAAGAGUUGGAUGAAAGUCCAGAAACAGGCGUCAGCAGCAGCGCAGAGCUCAUCCACUGAAUCAGAGCCACAGCAAGAUCCUGAAUGUCCCCUGGACCGUCAAGAGCUGGGUCGUAACACCUGGUCCUUUCUACACACAAUGGCUGCAUAUUACCCAGACCAGCCAACGUCCACACAGCAGCAGGAAAUGGGACAGUUUAUCAACCUUUUCUCCAAGUUCUUCCCAUGUGAAGAGUGUGCAGAGGACCUCAGGGACAGACUGAAGACAAAUCAGCCGGACACGAGGAGCCGCCACUUUCUUUCCCAAUGGUUUUGUCGUCUUCAUAAUGACGUGAACAUCCGAUUAGGGAAGCCGGAGUUUGACUGCUCUCGUGUGGAUGAAAGGUGGAAGGAUGGAUGGAAAGAUGGAUCAUGUGACUGAUACAUUCAGUCCUUUCCUUAAACUUUAUAAGACCAAAAACCUCCAUAUUUAUACAUGCAACACUGAAGAGAAUAUCUGAUGCCAGGGCAAAAUAAGUGUCUCUCUGUACACUUUAUAAUAAUAAUUAUUACACUUCUCUCAGAUGAACUCGGAGUUGUUAAUAAUAUAUAACAUGUAUAAUGUAUAAAUGUACAAUAUGACCAGGGUAAUUGUGCAUAUAUUAGGCUGUAUUCAUUGUUGUGUGAAGUUUCUAUUUUUAUAAUGAACAGUUUGUCUAUGUGAGUGGACAACUUUUGUCACAAUGUUAUUGUCAAAGGAGAGCACCAAUAUUAUAAAUGCUCAAACUGAGGUGGUUAUAAACAAUAAAGUGUACCUAAGAUGUG